AUGCCUCAAUUAGUUAACGAAGCGGUUGGAACACAUUCUACAGGUACUGAUUCUGCUAUUGAAAGCGAUAGCGGUGUGAGUAAAAAAUCUAAAGUGAUAGUUGACGAUAAAACUGUUAAUAAUGCUAAUAUUUCAAAUCAACAAAAUGAAGUUGUAAAUAUCAAUGAAAACCAAAUUUAUCUACCUGAAGCAACUCCUGCUGUUAAUAUUUCAAGACAAAUUGAAACUGAAACUCAAAUUAGCAUAUUAUCAUCUGCAGACUACAGUGACCCUGCAAAUUGGCCUACUCAUUUUAGUGACAAUUUUCGGCAAUUUGUUAUAAAAAAUAGACCGCAACAAAUUGAAAAAUAUAACUUUCCACGAGAUCGAGAUGAACAAAAAAAAAAAUUUUCAUCAAUCUAUUACAAGCGGACAUUACCAAAUGGAGAAGAAGUCUCUCGUUCUUGGCUUAUAUAUUCAGUUUCAAAAAAUGUAGUUUUUUGUUUAUGUUGGAAAUUAUUUGGUAAAAGCAAAAGUAGUUUGCCGGCUUUAGAAGGUUCAGGUUUAAACGAUUGGAAGAAUAUUGGAGCACUUCUUUCUUCUCAUAAAAAAAGUAAUUCACAUCUCUUAAAUUUUCAAAUGUGGAAAGAACUUGAUAUACGUUUAUCUACAGAAAAAACCAUUGAUCAUAUUAACCAACAAAAAAUUAAUGAAAAAGAACAAUAUUGGCAACGAAUUUUAUAA